UCCAUCUUUCUCUUUCCCUGUCUCUCUCUCAGAGGGGGAUUUCUAGGGUUUUAUCUUUGUCAGUCUCUCUCUCUCUCAAAGGCGGGAUUUCUAGGGUUUAUCUUAGAGUGGAGAUGGCGAGUUACGAUUUGACGACGCGGAUAGCGCCCCACCUGGACCGGCAUCUUGUAUUCCCGCUGCUGGAAUUCCUGCAGGAGCGACAGCUGUACGCUGAUGAUGAGAUUCUGAAGGCAAAGAUCGAGCUCCUUAGCAAGACCAACAUGGUCGAUUACGCCAUGGACAUCCACAAGAGCCUCUACCACACCGAAGACGUUCCACAAGAUAUGGUGGACAGGCGAGUGGAGGUUGUUGCAAGAUUGAAAUCCCUUGAGGAGUCUGCAGCACCUUUAAUAUCUUUUCUUCAGAACCCGAGUUUGGUUCAGGAACUCCGUCCUGAUAAGCAGCACAACCUUCAGAUGUUGAAUGACCGUUUUCAGAUUGGUCCGGAUCAGAUAGAGGCUUUAUAUCAGUACGCUAAGUUCCAAUUUGAGUGUGGAAACUACUCUGGUGCAGCUGACUAUUUGUAUCAGUACCGUGCUUUGUGCACUAAUAGUGACAGAAGUUUGAGCGCAUUGUGGGGGAAGCUUGCUGCAGAAAUACUGAUGCAGAAUUGGGAAAUUGCACUUGAAGAACUCAAUCGAUUGAAAGAUAUAAUUGAUUCAAAGAAUUCUUCUACGCCUCUAAGUCAGUUGCAAAAUAGAAUUUGGCUGAUGCACUGGAGUCUUUUCAUAUUCUUCAACCAUGAAAACGGUAGAAACGGCAUUAUUGAUCUAUUCUUUCAAGACAGGUACCUCAAUGCUAUUCAAACCAAUGCACACCAUCUACUACGUUAUGUUGCAACUGCAGUGAUUGUUAACAAAAGGAGAAGAAAUAUGCUAAAAGACUUGAUCAAGGUCAUCCAGCAGGAGCAAUACUCCUACAAAGAUCCCAUCACCGAGUUUCUCGAAUGCUUGUAUGUCAACUAUGAUUUUGAUGGUGCACAAAAGAAGCUUCGCGAGUGUGAGGAUGUAAUAUUGAAUGAUCCCUUUCUUGGCAAGCGAGUUGAAGACGGCAGCUUUACUACAGUGCCUUUGAGGGAUGAAUUCCUUGAAAAUGCUCGUCUAUUCAUCUUCGAAACUUACUGCCGCAUACACCAAUGCAUUGAUAUAGGCAUGCUUGCCGAGAAGCUGAACAUGAGUUAUGACGAGGCAGAGAGAUGGAUCGUCAAUCUCGUCCGCAAUGCAAAGCUCGAUGCCAAGGUCGAUUCAAAAUCAGGAACUGUUGUCAUGGGACCAAACCAUCUCAAUGUGUAUGAGCAGAUAAUAGAAAACACCAAGCAAUUGUCCAUGCGCACGUUCAUGCUGGCAAAGAACGUUGUGGAAUCUGCACCACCGUCCACUCAGGCUGCUCGGUAGGGGAGAGCAAUCUCACAACCUCGAGAUCGUCCCCUUUUCAGGUCAGAAAAUAUAGAGCAGUCCUGUGCUAUUUUAGGCUUGUUCUCUCCCAAGCACGAAUCCAGCAAGUUUUGGAUUUACUGUAGGUUAAGAAUUGUUUUUUUGUCAUGGAUUUCGUUGAAACCAGAAGAAUCUGAAAUCAUGUUUUGGCAUGAAGAAUCUAUAUUCAUUUUCAGCAGUUUUAUUU